CCCUUUUAUUUCCGGAAGUGUGUUACAGAUCAUUUACCAUAACUGUCCACAUUGAUCAUCACAGAAAGAAUUAUCUACUAUUUUAAAUUGAAGAAUUAUCAGCUGUGCGAGAUAGAACUCUACGUUCCAUUUCGUGAAAGUAUUUUUGUGAAAAAAAUGUGUACUCAAACGAAGGCUGCUGCUCUUAUUGCGAACAUUCCAGAGGCAGAAAUCGACCCGACUGGUGUGUUCAAAUACGUUCUCAUUCGAGUACACAGUAAAGAAGACGGCGACGACUCGAGCGUAGAUAUUGUACGUGGAUAUGCCUGGGCCGAAUAUCAUGCGGAUAUCUAUGACAAGGUAGCAGAGGAGCUUGAGAAAGGAGGGCACCUAGACUGUGAAUGUAUUGGAGGAGGAAGGAUUAAGCAUGACUGCCAGUCAAAGAAGAUCCACGUCUAUGGCUACUCCAUGGGCUUCGGAAAAGCAAAUCACGCUGUUUCCACAGAGAAACUGAAGGUGCGCUACCCUAAAUACGAGAUCACCUGGGCUGAUGAGGGAUACUGACCUACACUGGACCCAACUUGGUCUUGGAUCAGGCCUAACUCCUUUCUGUGUCAAUAAGUGUGGGCCAAUAGUACACAGCAGAACCUCAGUGGCAUCACAUUAUGUGAGAUCUGAAGACAAACCUGUCAGUACAAAGCUGAAACUGGGACUAAGACCGACACAGUACCUAGUCGCUGACUAAUAUAGCCAGAACAACAGUGCUUGAUUUUCUAUUUUGUUUCAGUGAAACAAUAGAUGGAAAACAUAUUACUUAACAGAAAUCGUUUUAUGUUUAAACAUAAAAUGAAUAAAUGUUUGCGUUGAUUUAAUAAAUGGUAAUGUAUG